AUGGGGCGGUGCGGGGAUGGGGCAGUGUGGGGAGGGGGCGAUGCGGGGAGGGGGCGGUGCGGAGAGGGGGCGGUGCUGGGAGGGAGUUGUGCAGGGAGGGGUCCGUGCUGGGAGGGGGCGGUGCGGGGAGAGGGUGGUGCCGGGAGGGGGUGGUGCUGGGAGGGGGCGGUGCCGGGAAAUGUCGGUGUGGGGAUGGGGCGGUGCGGGGAAGGGGCGGUUCGGGGAAGGGGCAUUUCAGGGAUGGGGCGGUUCGGGGAAAGGGCUGUGCGGGGAAGGGGCGGUGCCGGGAAGGGGGAGUGCCGGGAGGGGGCGGUGCCGGGAAAUGUCGGUGCGGGGAUGGGGCGGUGCGGGGAAGGGGCAGUGUGGGGAAGGGGUGGUUCGGGGAAGGGGCAGUUCGGGGCAGGGACGGUUCAGGGAAAGGGCUGUGCAGGGAAGGGGCGGUGCCGGGAAGGGGCGGUGCUGGGGAAAGGGUGGUGCUGGGGAAAGGGCGGUGCUGGGGAAAGGGCGGUGCCGGGGAAAGGGCGGUGCGGGGAAAGGGCAGUGCGGGGAAAGGGCGGUGCGGGGAAAGGUCAGUGCCGGGAAAGGGCGGUGCCGGGGAAGGGCGGUGCUGGGAAAGGGCGGUGUCGGGAAAGGGCAGUGCCGGGAAAGGGCGGUGCCAGGAAAGGGGGGUGCCGGGAAAGAGCGGUGCAGGGAAUGAGCGGUGCAGAGAAUGAACAGCGCAGGGAAAGAGCAGUGCAGUGA